CAUUUGUGGUCGCCUUAACGAAAUCAAGGAUUAGGGUUUUGCUUAUCCCCUCUCGCCGCCUCCGCCGCGCUUGGUUCUUCCUCCUCCAGUUGCGGAGACCCGUUGUUGCCCGAAGCCAUGAUCAUCCCGAAUAAGAACCGCCAUGAAAUCUGCAAAUACCUCUUCCAAGAGGGGGUGCUGUACGCGAAGAAGGACUAUAACCUCGGGAAGCACCCGGAGAUCGAUGUGCCGAACCUCCAGGUGAUCAAGCUCAUGCAGAGCUUCAAAUCGAGGGAGUAUGUGCGUGAGACCUUUGCCUGGCAGCACUACUACUGGUACCUUACGAAUGAUGGCAUUGAGUACCUGAGAACACUUCUUAACCUGCCAUCGGAGAUUGUUCCUGCAACCCUGAAGAAGUCUUCAAGGCCACCACCGACCCGCCCAUUUGGCUCUGGUCCUCCUGGUGAUCGCCCCAGGGGACCGCCCCGGUUUGAAGGAGAUAGGCCAAGGUUUGGAGACAGGGAUGGGUACCGUGGUGGCCCUCGUGCUGGGCCGCCUGGUGAAUUAGGGGACAAGGGUGGUGCACCUGCUGAGUUCCAACCAUCUUUCCGGGGUGUCGGUGGCAGGACUGGAUUUGGCCGUGGAGGUGGAGGAUAUGGACCAGUUUUCAGUUUCCUGUCAAGAUCAUGCUUGAGCUUCUUAUUGAGAAUCGAGAGAGUUUUCACACUCCGUAAUGCUGAAAGGUUACAACUUGUUAGCUGUUGGUGUGGCGUAUGCUGAGAUGGAAGGUCGGCUCGAGCUCACAGUGGUUUACGGUCAAAAUCUUGUUGCAAUAUGAGAGCCCUUCUUGAGACGCGAAUCUCGAGUUGGAGUCAACAUGCUUUCUCGUGCAACAAGGCCCAUGUCGGGUGUAGAGUGAGAGUCUAAGAAAUGGGUGCGCUACUUGCAAGCAUUGAGGGAAAAUGUUUCCUGAAUUGAAAAAUAUUUGGGCAUUCUGAUUCUUGCUGAUGUGGUAGAUUUAGAUGAGGGUGGUGGCGUUGAAGUGCGACGGUGUUCUAAGAUGCUUGAUAUUACAGUUAUGCCUAGGGGGCACCUGGUGGUGUAUGUUCCAGGGAAGAUUUUGUUUGAAUGUCUUGUUAAAAAGGGGGUGCAUUAGCUACUUGAUCCUUUA